AUGGUGUACCUAACCAACGCUCUAAACGAGCUUGGCCUCGUUACAAUGUGGCACUCCACAUUGGACGUCAAGCUCCUCUGCGCCCAGCGCUUCGUCCGACUCUUCGCGUACGGUGGCUCAACUCUCAUUCUCGCAUCUUACUUAUCCGCCAUUGGACACUCGGAUGAUCGCAUUGGAUUAUUUAUGACAUUGACGCUGGUCGGCGAUGUGGUGAUUAGUUUUUUCCUGACGCUGUUCGCUGACGCGAUGGGUCGCAAGGCGGUGUUAUCGCUUGGAUCGGCGUUGAUGGCUGGUAGUGGACUUGUUUUUGGAUUCUUUGGAAAUUACUGGGCGCUUUUGGCUGCGGCCGUUUUUGGUGUCAUCAGUCCGAGUGGGAAUGAGAUUGGUCCUUUCCGCGCCGUGGAGGAGUCGACUUUGGCGCACCUUACGCCUCAUGAAUUGCUGAGUGAUGUCUUCGCUUGGUAUUCGCUUAUUGGAACUGCGGGUUCGGCACUGGGUAUGCUGGUCUGUGGCUGGAUUAUUAAUUCAUUGGAGACGAUUCAUGGGUGGGAGUUCAUUCCUGCUUGUCGCAUUAUUUUCUUCGUCUACGCCGGUGUUGGUAUCUUCAAGCUGAUUCUGACCCUGGGUUUGAGUGGCAAGGUCGAGGUUCAGAAGGAGGAAGCUCCGGAGAGUGAUGAAACCCGCGCACUGCUGGAUCCAAGCUCGGAGCAGGAAGAGGAGGCAUCGAAGAAGAAGGGCCUGUUUGCGUCUACCGACAAGGAUUUGUGGUCGCUGAUUAUUCGACUGUUCAUCUUGUUCGGCUUGGACGCGUUUGCCUCUGGACUGGCUUCCCUGUCCUGGAUGACAUACUUCUUCAAGCGCAAGUUCUCUCUUCCCGAGGGUGAACUCGGAACGAUCUUCUUCACCACGAACACCAUCUCCGCAGCCUCCAUGCUGGUCGCAUCAUCUCUCGCCAAGCGCAUUGGCAAUGUCAAGACUAUGGUUUUCACUCACCUCCCAUCGGCCGUCUGCUUGGCCUUGAUCUCCGUCCCAUCCAGUCUCCCCUUGGCCCUGACCUUCCUCAUCCUACGAGCCAGUUCCCAGAGCAUGGACGUAGCACCCCGCUCCGCAUUCCUCGCGGCAGCCCUACCAGCAGACAAGCGUACAGCCAUAAUGGGAGCCGUCAACGUAGUCAAGACAACCAGUCAAAGCAUGGGACCUCUACUGACAGGUAUCCUGGCACGCAACGGUCUCUUUGGCGUCUCCUUCAUGAUCGCCGGAUGCUUGAAGGUAGUCUACGACUUGGGCAUGCUGGCCAGCUUCGCUGGCAAGGAAGCACCCCGCAGACGUGCUGCAGAAGAAGCCGACGAGGAAGACUAA